ACAUUCUUACCGGUUCGUAGAUGAGACAUCUUGCUGCUUAUUUGAUGCUGAUGAUUGGCGGAAACGAGAAGCCCGCUGCUGAAGACAUUAAGUCUGUUCUGGAGGCUGUUGGCGCUGAGGCUGAGGACGAAAAGAUUGAGAAGCUCCUUGCCGACCUUGAGGGAAAGAACGUGGAGGAGUUGAUCAAGGCUGGACUCGACAAGCUCGUUUCGAUUCCUACUGGAGGUGCCGCUGCUCCCGCUGCCGGAGCCGCUGCUGCUGGUGCCGCUGCUGAGGAGAAGAAGGAAGAGGCCAAGGAAGAGGAAGAGGAGGAAGAGGAAGACAUCGAUAUGAGCGGAGGCGGUCUGUUCGGUGAUGACGACGACGACUGGUAAUUCGCAUGACAAGAGCUGUUUUCAUCGUUAUCAAUCA